AUGGAUGAAUCAUCAUCCGAUCAAGAAUUAAUUGUUGAAAUGCCUCAUGUUCAACCAAAAACUACUUCAAUAAUGAUUAAAAUAGGACUUGUAAUUGCUGGUUUAUAUAUUUUAAUAUCAAUUCUUAUUCCAAUUAUUCUUCUUAUCUAUCCAAUUAUAAUUAAACAUGUUGUUUUUUUGAAUAUGCUCAAAACACAAACAAAUUUUACACAACCAGAAACAUUAGGUCUUAAUCGUGUAUCGAAUUUUUAUUUAAAUGUUGAUAAUCAAGUAUCUCUUGGCAUUUGGCAUUUUCGUUCACCAUUAAUCAAAGAUGAAUUUUUUCUUAAUGAUGAAGAUUAUUUUCAAAAAUAUCUGACAUCAAAUAUUCCAAUAAUAAUUUAUUUUCAUGGAAAUGCUUAUGAUCGUUCAUUGCUAACUCGUCGUGAAUUAUGUCAAAAAUUACGUGAUGAAUUAAAAUAUGAUGUUAUCGCAUAUGAUUAUCGUGGUUUUGGAGAUUCAAAAGGCGAACCAACUGAACAUAAUUUAAUUAAAGAUGCUCGAUUUAUUUAUGAUUGGUUAAAGAAAUUAAAUAAUGGUCGACGAAAAAUAUAUUUAUGGGGUCAUUCACUUGGUUCAGCUGUUGCUUGUCAAUUAGCAGUACAAUUAUCACAGGAUAAAAAUCUUGGUGGAAUUAUAAUGGAAGCUCCAUUUAUGAAUAUUCAUCAAGCUUUAUUAACUCAUUGGAUUUCUUUAUUUUUUCGUUGGCAACCAUGGUUUUAUAGUAUAACAGAAAAAGCUUUACGUAAAAAUAAACUUUCAUUUGAAACACGUAAUCAUUUAUUAAAACUUGAUUGUCCAUGUAUACUUAUACAUUCUGAUGAUGAUUUAACAGUACCUUAUAUACAUUCAAAACAAUUAUUACAAAUUGGGUUAAAUGCUCAUACUGAUAAUAAACAAAAGAAAAAACUUUUUCAUUUUACAAUUGAUAUGAUUUCAUAUCAUCGAUCUGGUUAUGGACAUAGACUUAUUUAUCAAGCACCAAAACUUACAUCUACAUUGAAACAUAUUAUAUUUGAUGAAGAUUUAUGA